AUGUAAAAAAUUAGUGAUUUACCAAAGAGGCCUUCAAGAUCAUAAAGGUUGGAACAAAUAAGUAGAAGGAUUAAUCUGAUUUCAAAUCAUUUUCCAAUGAAGUUUAUUUAGUAAAAUCAAGCGAUUAAUAUUUACGCAGUUGAGUUUGAUCCACCAAUAGCUGAUGAUGCUAGAAAAUUGAGGGAAGAAAUAGUUAGAUUAGCAACUAAAGAUCUUUAAAUAUAAGGAUUAUAAGAAUUCACAGUAAUAAAAAUAUUAAAAUGAUUUUAGUUAAGAGGCAAGAAUAUUUGGUCAUCUUUCAAUGUUAAAGAUCGUUUGAUUGCCAAAGCAUCUUUCUAAGAAUUAGAAUAUGUUGUUAUAGCAUAACACAAAAAGGAAUACACUUUGUAAGAUCUAUCAGAAACAACAACGAAUCCAGUUACAUAAUCUAUAAAUGUAGCAGUAAAGAGAUCAUUAAAAGAAAUGGGUAUGAUAGAAAUAGGUAGAUAAUCUAAAUUUUAUGAUCCAAAAAAUAUUGAAUGCAAUAGAGUAUAUAUAAUUUAUAUAUUAGAUUAAUGAACAUGGAUUAAAAGUUUGGAGAGGUGUAAAAACUUCAUUUUAAUUUUAUUAAGGGAUGCCAUUUCUGUAAAUUGAUUUUGCAUCAAGAGUUCUUAGAGAUUAGAAUGCUUUAGAAUUCAUGUUUAGUCUAAAUACCAAGAAUAUUUAAGAUAUAAAAAAUGAAAUGGUUGGAUUGAGUGUAUUAGCAGCUUAUGGAAAUUGCAGAAUAUAUAGAAUAGACGAAAUAGAUUUCAAUUUAUCUCCUAAACAUUCAUUUUUAUUGUAAGAUGGAAAAUCUAUCACUUAUUAAGAAUAUUACAAAUAAAGAUAUAAUAUUUAAAUUAGAGAUCUAUAAUAACCGCUUUUAGUAUUCAAAGAUAAAAGAAAUUAAGAUAAAAUUGCAUAUUUAGUUCCUGAAUUGUUAACUAUGACAGGCUUAACUGAUCGUUAAAGAUGUGAUUAAAAAUGCAUGUAAAGUGUGGCUAAAUUUACUAAAUUAACACCAUAAUAAAGAGAUGAUGAAAUAUAUGGAUUUUAUCAGAAAUUAAAAAAACAUCUUAGUAAAUAGAACAUUUUAUUGAGUGAUGAUCAAAAUGUCAAUGGAUUUCAACUAUAAGCACCUAGAAUUUAUAUGGGUAAUAAAGAAUAUUAAACUGAUUAAAGUGGAUUUUUUAUGAUUAAAGAUCCUGUAUUUUAAGGAUCUCAUAUUUAAGAUUGGUUUAUGGUUUAUUAAUCAAGAGGGAAGAAUGAUGAUGAUGAUGUUGAUAUUAUAGUUUCAGAAUUAUAAAAAUAAGGUGAGAAAAUAGGAAUCAAAAUAGAGAAACCAUACUUUGUUAUGCUUAGAGACAAUAAUAUUUAAAAUUGGUUGUAAAGAUUGACAGCUGAAAUUGGAGAUAAACCUCCAUAAAUGAUAGUUACUUUUAUUAAUGAAAGAGAUAAAGAUAGAAUCUAUGGACAUAUCAAAAAGUAUUGUUUUUAAGAUCAAGGAAUCAGUCAUCAAAACAUUCUAAGCAAAUUCUUAAGAACUAAAAAUCCUUCUAGUGUUGCUUCAAAAAUUGCUUAAUAAAUGAGUAUUAAAUUAGGUAAUCCUUUAUGGGCUAUUCCAAAACCAAAUGGAAUUUCAGAUAAAACUAUGAUAGUAGGUAUUGAUAUAUAUCAUAAACUAUUAACUAAUCGAAAAUCUUGUAUGGGAUUUGUUGCUUAUUUAGAAUCUGAAUGUUUAAAUACCUUUGCAAAACCAAUCAUAAUGAGAGAAGGUUAAGAAUUAUCUCAUGAAGUAGGUAGAGUGAUUGUAGAAGCUAUAUCUGCUUAUUUUGAAAGGAAUGGUAGAAAAUAUCUACCUGAUACAAUAAUUGUAUUUAGAGAUGGAGUUGGAAAUGCUUAAAUUGAAGCACUUAAAUAAACUGAAAUAUAAUAAAUGAAAAAUGCAAUAAAGAGUAUCAAUAAGAAUUACAAUCCAUAAUUUGCUGUUAUUAUGAUUAAUAAGAAAAUAAAUGAUCGUUUCUUUAUGGUUAAUAGUGGUAAUCAUUAAGAAUAGAAAUAAUAACUUUCUAAUCCUCCUUCAGGAAGUGUUAUUGCAGAUAAGAUUACAUCAUCUUAUUUUGAUUAUUUCAUUACUGCUCAAUAUGUUACUUAAGGUACAUGUACUCCAACUCAUUAUAGAGUUUUAGAGAAUAAUACAAAUUUUAGUGAAGAAUUAUUUUGGUAAUUAACUUAUUAUCAAUGUUUCAAUUAUUAAAAUUGGACUGGGGCAGUUAGGUAUUUAUUUCAAAUUAUUAUUAUUUAGAGUACCAUCAUGUGUGUAAUAUGCACAUAAAUUAGCAUAUUUAAUAGGAGAUACUUAUUAAGGGAACAUUCAUAAACGAUUGGCACAUCUAUAAUGUUGUCUAUGA